AUGGCAACUAAUCAACUGCUCAUCGCCGGCGCUGGCGAUCAGAGGAGCCCUCUCUUGUCCAACGCCGGAGGGGAGGAGGACCACAGCCACAAGGCGGAGGCGGUGCCGUCGCGUACUCUGCUUCAGGUGGUCUACAAGAGCACUGCCGACCUUGCCAAUUACCUCCCCACCGGCACCACCCUCGCCUUCCAUGUUCUCGCCCCCGUCCUCACUGACGGCGGCCGAUGCGCCGCCACAGCCAACCGGGCCAUGACCUCUGCACUGCUCCUAGUCUGCUGCCUCUCCUCGAUCGUCCUCACCCUCACCGACAGCUUCACCGACGCCACAACCGGCCGCGUCCGCUACGGCCUCGCCACCCGGCGUGGCCUCCUUGUCAUCGACGGUCUGCCGCCUCCGGCGCCGGCUGUCGCGGCAGAGUACAGGCUGAUGCCGGUCGACUUGCUGCACGCGCUCAUGACACUGCUAGUGUUCGUGGCCGUGGCGCUGGCGAACCGCAACGUGGUGUCGUGCUUCUACCCGAUCGAGUCGCCCAACGUGGCGCAGGUGGUGGCGGCUGCGCCGGUCGUCGUCGGCCUCGUUGUAAGCGCCGUCUUCGUGGCUUUCCCGUCGACUCGCCACGGCAUCGGAUUUCCAGUGACGCCCAAAUGA